UUUCUCUCCUACAGAAUUCAUCUUAGCAUGAGAGGAGACAUCUACUAGUAUGGAGUGGACUGUGAUUGGGAAUCAACAUGAGAUGGGAUUCUUCCAUCACAACUGUAAAUAAAACACAAUGCAAUAAAGACAAUAAAUGCAGCUUGAUCCACAACUGGGAAUGCAGAGAUGAACCGGAUAGAGAAUUGGGAAUCGCAGACACCCACAGGUGAAGAGGAGUAAAAAUUCUGGCAGAGAGCAAAUCGAAGCUCCUUGAAAGCCAAAAGAGAAAUGGGCGUGGCUCAUGACAGCAAAAGUCCUGAAAUAGGAUGGGUCAUCUGUUGAAGAAGCUAAUAAGCAUAUCUUGGAAUCAGAUAUUCAUGGCAAAUUAAGGGGACGAUGAUAAUUAUUGUUCUCAGGAACCGAAAUGUCUCACUACACAGACGAGCCGCGGUUCACUAUUGAGCAGAUUGAUCUGCUGCAACGUCUCCGCCGGACGGGGAUGAACAAGCAUGAGAUACAGCAUGCCCUGGAAACACUGGAGCGUCUAGAUCGCGAGCAUGGGGACAAGUUUGGCCGCCGGCCAGCCUACAGUGGGACGAGCACCACCACCAGUGAUGUAGUGGCCUCUUCUAUCACCAUCGCCACACAGACCCAGUACCACAGGCUUUCACCCUCCCCCAGCAACAGCUAUGACACCUCUUCACCCCCCAGCAGUGCCACAGCCAAUCAGAGUGGCAAAGAGACUAUGCCUGCCACUCCCAACAGGAAGCUAUCACCAAGCCGAUACUCCGCCAAUAGUGUGGAUCAAAGUUUGUACAGCUUUGAAGCCACAGAGGAUGAGCUGGACAUCGAUGACAAGGUGGAGGAACUCAUGAGGUAACUGGUAUUGUAGAAGGCGACAAUAAACCCUUUGGAGAGGGGUCUUCCUGUCAUGUUGCGUCAUAACUGUUUAAUUGUUAACAAUAUUGAUAGCUCAAAUUAAACAGCACUGAGUGUUUUACUUAAGAUUUUAUUAUAGAAUAAAACUACCAAUAUUUAUUUUUACUUGUGUUCUACAUAGGGAUGUCACGGUAUUAGAUUUUGACGGUAUGAUAACUAUAAAAAAAUAUUUCACGUUUAUCGUCUUUUUAUUAUACAGCUAUUUAAGCCAGUAUAAAUGCUAUUAACAUUUUUCAAAGUAGCUAUUUAAAGGAAUAACAUUUUAAACAGCAUUACAUUGCUGUAUGUGUUGUA